ACGCCUGAUAAAAAUGGCCACCGUGUUUUGAUUAAUUAUAGUUUUAUGUUUGUUUCAUUCUCCGUAGCAUUUGAAUAGAUAACACACAUUUUGUAGGAAACUCUGUCUUUCCCCUUUAAAUUUAUGACAAUCAAUACAAACUGCUAUUUGUUAGACUAUGCACAUGUGUGUAUAUUAAACGGAAAGCUAGCUAGUUGGCUGGCACAAUAGGGAAGCUAAAGCUAGCUGAAAGUAAAGGAAAAACGAUGGAGUUGAGUGCUGACGAGAUCCGCAGGAGGAGACUGGCAAGACUGGCAGGAGGACAAACAUCCCAGCCCAGCACUCCCCUGACAUCCCCACAGAGAGAGACCCCCCCUGGGCCCCUUCCUGGGACCUCAGGGGCCACACCCCAGCCCUUUCCACCAGCUGCCUCACACGCACUGGGACUCAAUGUCCAGAGUGUCACCUCUCUUAUGGGCGCCUCAGGUGUGGCGUACCGCAGUCAGAGCAGCGAGGGUGUGAGCUCCCUCUCCAGCUCUCCCUCCAACAGCCUGGAGACCCAGAGUCUGUCCAGAUCUCAGAGCAUGGACAUCGACACUGCCUCCUGUGAAAAGAGCAGCAUAUCCCAAGUGGAUGUGGACUCAGGGAUAGAGAACAUGGAGGUGGAGGACAAUGACCGCAGGGAGAGGAGGAACCUGGCUGAAAAGGAAUCCGCUGAAACCUCCGAUGUCUCUGAAGAACAGGCUCUGCAGCUCAUCUGUAAGAUCCUGCGUGUCUCCUGGAAGGAGCAGGACAGAGAUGUCAUCUUUCUCCCCUCGCUUGCCGCAGAGUUCCACCAGAGCAGCCCCAAAGACGUCUACUCUGACUUUAAAGACCUGAUUGGCCAGAUCUUGAUGGAGGUUCUCAUGAUGUCCAGCAUGUCGCACAUCCACAAUCCCUUCGCCAGCCUGACUUCCACGUCCCAGCCUAUUGCUGCUGCCAAAUCUCCCGACCGCCACCUGACGCUGGUUCAGCCCUCUAGCCAGGGCGGCAGUCCCAUGGCCACCUGUGCAAGCUCAUUUGGGACCAGCUCUCUGUCCAGUCUGGGUGUGUCUGCAGGGGGAAUUGACUCGCAAUCCUGCAGCGACUGCUUCUCCAUCGAGGCGUGCAUGGAGACUGAGAUGCUCAACUACCUCAUCGAGCGCUUCGACAGUGUCGGCAUGGAGGAAAGUAAGGCGCCCAAGAUUUGCAGCCACCCCAGUGUCAGUCAGCUCCUCAGCAACAUACGCUCACAGUGCAUUUCCCAUGCUGCUCUUGUCCUUCAGGGUGCCCUCACGCAGCCCAGGACAAUGACCCAACACACCUCCAGGCUGUGUAAGGGCUAUUUGACCAAGAAGGAGAGUGAUGGAGUGCUGCAUCAGAUGACCUGGACUCCACAAUCACCCAACCUCAACCCAAUUGAGAUGGUUUGGGAUAAGUUGGACCGCAGAGUGAAGGAAAAUCGGCGAACAAGUGCUCCACAUGUGUGGGAACUCCAUCAAGACUUUGGAAAAGCAUUCCAGAUGACAUCUCUGCCCCUGUGGUGUCCCAAGUCCCUGGGCCCGGGGAUGGGCCGAGAGGUUCAGAGACUGUCCUUCCUGGGAGCAUUCUUCAGCCUGUCGGUCUUUGCAGAGGAUGACACCAAAGUGGGUGGCAAGUACUUCUCGGGCCCAGCCAUCACUAUGGAGAACACUCGUGUGGGUAGCCAAACCCUGCAGCACUACCUGGAGUCAGCCCGGGGUGACUUGUUUAAAAUUCUCCACAACAUCCUACUAAAUGGAGAGACAAGAGAGGUAGCGCUCAACUACAUGGCAGCUCUGGUCAACCGCAAUGUGAAGAAAGCCCAGAUGCAGACAGACGACAAGCUGGUGUCCACAGACGGCUUCAUGAUUACCUUCCUGUCAGUGCUGCAACAGCUGAGCAUGAAGAUCAAGCUGGAGAUAGUAGACCCAUACUACAUUUUCCACCCCCUCUGCCGCCUGCAGGUCAGCCGUGAGGAGACCCGGCUCAAGGCCACCAUGGAAGAGCUCAAGACCUGGCUGGCCGAGAUACAUGACCCCUCCAAGUUGUAUGAUCCCAAGUUCCCCACAGAGUGUUUCUUUCUGACGUUGCACACCCACCACCUGUCCAUCGUACCAGGCUGCCGACGCUACAUCCGCAGGCUGAGAGCCAUUCGCGAGCUCAACAGCACAACUCUACCACUGAAUCCCGAGAUCCCCAAAAGCUUUGCUGCUCUGCCAGAGUUUUACAUUGAAGAUGUGGCCAAGUUCCUGCUUUUUGUUGUCCUGUAUGAGCCCUGCGUCCAGAACAUUGUCACCUUCCUGGUGGUGUUCAUCUGCAGUCAGAACUACAUCCGGAACCCCUACCUGAUCGCCAAGCUGGUGGAGGUUCUGUUUGUCACCAACCCAGCUGUGCAGCCGCGCACCCAGCGCUUCUCUGAGAUGAUGGAGAACCACCAACUGUCCGUCAAACAUUUGGUCCCAGCCCUCAUGAAGUUCUACACUGACGUGGAGCACACUGGUGCCACCAGCGAGUUCUAUGACAAGUUCACCAUCCGCUACCACAUCAGCACCAUCUUCAAGAGCCUCUGGCAGAACAUGGGCCACCAUGGCACUUUCCUGGAAGAGUUCAACUCCGGGAAACAGUUUGUGCGUUACAUCAACAUGCUGAUCAACGACACCACCUUCCUGCUGGACGAGAGCCUGGAGUCCCUGAAGCGCAUCCAUGAGGUCCAGGAGGAGAUGAAGAACAAGGAGCAGUGGAAUCAGCUUCCCAGGGACCAGCAGCAGAGCCGCCAGUCCCAGCUGACCCAGGAUGAGCGGGUGUCCCGCUCCUACCUGGCCCUGGCUACAGAGACGGUCGACAUGUUCCACAUCCUCACCAAGCAGGUCCAGAAGCCCUUCCUCCGGCCCGAGUUGGGGCCUCGUCUGGCGGCCAUGCUGAACUUUAACCUCCAGCAGCUAUGCGGACCCAAGUGCCGGGACCUGAAGGUGGAGAACCCAGAGAAGUAUGGUUUUGAGCCCAAGAAGCUCCUAGACCAGCUUACUGACAUUUACCUGCAACUUGACUGUGCCCGCUUCGCCAAGGCCAUCGCCGACGACCAGCGGUCAUACAGCCGAGAGCUCUUUGAGGAAGUGAUUUCCAAGAUGAAGAAAGCCGGCAUCAAGUCCACCAUCACCAUUGAAAAAUUCAAGCUGCUAUCGGAGAAGGUGGAGGAGAUAGUCGCCAGGAACUCACAGUCCGAAAUGGACUACAGUGAGGCACCUGACGAGUUUAAAGACCCUCUGAUGGACACAUUAAUGACUGACCCUGUGAUACUGCCCUCUGGGAACAUCAUGGACCGAGCCAUCAUCCUCCGCCACCUACUCAACUCCCCCACUGACCCCUUUAACAGACAGCCUCUCAACGAAAGCAUGCUGGAGUCACUCCCUGAACUGAAGGAGAGGAUCCAGGCAUGGAUGAGAGAGAAGCAAGGCCAGGGACGUUUCCUCUAGUGACACCCCCAACCCCCAACUCCGGGGGUAAAGGAUGUUAUCACCACGACUGAAUUCAAUGCCAUCAACAAAAAAUUGAAAAAAAGAAACCUGUGAUUUUUCUCCCUUUAUCCUUAUUUUCUCAGAUCGUCAUCUAAAGGCCAUUGGCUCUAAAAAUGAAACAUAAUAAAAUUAUGACUUUUA